AUGUAUCGCAGUGUCAAUGCAUUUGAACUGCAAUUCAAAGCACAUCUCAUUGCAGACCACGUGUUAAGACACCCAUUGAGUGGUCGACCCAUCGCUCGGCACUUAUGGGGCAAAAGUAAGCCGAAAGGAGGGGACGGGAGGGACGCCGCCAUCCCCNCGCAAUUCAAAGCACAUCUCAUUGCAGACCACGUGUUAAGACACCCAUUGAGUGGUCGACCCAUCGCUCGGCACUUAUGGGGCAAAAGUAAGCCGAAAGGAGGGGACGGGAGGGACGCCGCCAUCCCCGGUGUCAGGGCUAAGGACGUGACACUCGCGAGCAGACUCUUCGAGGAGAUCCCGGACCGACAUAAGGAGCACUUCCUGCAAGUGGUGGACAACUUCGAGAACCAUAAGCACGUCCGGAGACAGGGAUACGUGGAGUUCAUCAGCGCUGCCCUCCCGUACCUCAAGGAGUACGGCGUUCACAGGGAUCUCGAGGUCUAUAAGGCGCUGAUGAAUGUCUUCCCAAAGGGACGCUUCAGACCCGACAACAUGUUCAGCGCCGGCUUCUUCAACCAUCCCAUGGAGCAGAGGACAGCCGUUGAGAUACUCUGCGCUAUGGAGACCAAUGGCAUAAUGCCGGACAAGGAGAUGGAGACAUUGAUUAUCGAGAUAUUCAGCAAAUACUCGUCUCCGUGGCGUAAAUGCGCGCGAAUGACAUACUGGAUGACCAAAUUCAGAAACGCCAACCCCUUCCCAAUGCCCGACCCCUUACCGAACGACGCGCUCGAGUUGGCGCUGUUGGCCAUCAAACGCAUGUGUAUUGACGUCCAGACGAAGAUCAGUGUCCUAUCGGUCAGUGAUGUGAUAUUCGUUGAACAGACGGCUCAAGUGGAGAGUUCGCUGGACAAGACAUGGAUAGUCUCGGGUCAGUCGCCCACACAGAGGGAGAUCGUGUGGGAGCUGUUGGACGGGGAGACGGUGUACGUGGAGGGGCCCUUCAAAGUGUGGCUGCGAAUGGUUUCCAUCACUUACUUCAUACUUCGCGCCAAUAAUCCAAAUCCGGUCUAUAAUAGAGACGACGAUCUGCUCGAUAACGACGAACUCAACGACGUGUCGUCCAUUCCGUUGUCGACGUUCGGGAAGGAAGACAAGAGUGAGUCGUUGUCGCCAAUGAAGAACAUCCACAUCCAAGACGAUGGCAAAGUGCUGGCCGUCUGCGCGACCGGCACUUCCAGUCGCGACUCACUCUUGUCGUGGAUUCGCUUACUUCAGGCCACGAAUCCUAAGCUAAAGACACUUCCCGUCGUGUUUACGCUGAAGGGAACGGCGACUGACAUACAGACGACCAGUGAUGGCGGUGGCGGUGAUCAGCCGUCGGACACGCAAAGUGCGGUCCAAACGACAUAAUGAUUAGGAAAUUGAAUAAAUAGUUUACAAAUUAUUUCGUUAAUAAUUUAAAUUAAAUAUAAGUUUUAUUAACAUUUUGUUUGCAUUUCGUGUGAUUUGUAUUUACAAUAGACUUUAGAGUUCGU